AUGUACAAACAUCGACGUGUGGCCAUCAAGAAAAUUAUACGCGAGAAAUGUGAGAAGCUAUCUCAAAUCCGGAUGUUCAUUCGAGAGAUUACGCUCAUGGGAGCACUGAAACAUGAACGCAUCGUGGAAUUCAUCGGCGUUGCAUGGGAUUCUCUCCGAAACUUAAGUGCUGUGACGGAAUACAUGGAACGAGGUGAUUUACGAGAUGUUCUUCACAUUUUAAAGCACCGAGAAAGCACAGUCGACAAUGGACUAACGUGGCAAGACAGAAAACUCACCAUUGCACUUCACAUCGCAGAAGGACUCGCGUACAUGCACUCGCUGAAUCCCAAGGUCAUUCACCGUGAUCUCAAGUCCAAGAACGUGCUACUGAACAACGCCUAUGAGGCCAAACUCAGCGACUUUGGAGUAUCUCGAGAACGUCAAGUGGCUAACGUCGCUGACGUGCCUGGUCGAUUCAUGACUCCAGGUGUUGGUACGUCGUUUUGGAUUGCUCCAGAAGUCUUGUUGGGAAGAGAUUACGACGAACGAGCAGAUAUUUUCUCCUUUGGUGUCGUGCUCUCCGAGAUCGACACAGACGACUACCCAUACUGGAACUCUGGUACCCCAGCACAAGACAACCCCGACGAACGGCGUUCACAGGAAAAGAAAAUACUCGAGAAAGUGGCACUUGGCUCGUUGCGCCCGACAUUCUACAACGAUUGUCCGCCAGGAGUCUUAGCGCUGGCGUCAAGAUGUCUCGAAGGAAGGCCAACCAACCGACCAAGCGCAUCAGAAGUCGUGCUCACGAUCAAGGAACUGAUGCGCGAGAUGAACUUCGACCCCAAGUCUCAGCUGGAACCCGAACCAGAUCAAAUUGUCACGGAUGGCUUCCUCUCAAGAGCGUAA